CCUCGGAGGGCGCAUGCGAACUGAGGCCCAUAGGGAAAGUCUCCCCAGAUUUCAGCCAGCUGCCCUGCUGUAAACAUUUCAGCGCUUAAGAGUGGAGGAAGAAGACGAUGGAAGGUAGAACACUCGAAUCCCCAACCAAGCUACACUCGAAUAUCAACUCUUAGCACUUUCUUAAAGGAACGAGAAGAGGCCAGUGAGGGGUGGACCUUGCUGUCGAGGCUAACAAGCUCCUUUCCAAGUGCUGCUAGCGCUUAGAUUCCUCUCUGCUUGGGAGUAGAGGGCAUGCUGCGCCAGAGGGGUGUUCUCAAACAAACUAUCUGACCCUGGGGGUUAACUAAAAUCAGGCUCUAUUAGGCUCGCUGGGGAAGGGAGGGGACAGCAGUUAGCAUAAGGCUACUGUGGGGCUGCUGCACUGGUAGCACACAGCAGCAGCAGGGUAGAGGAUAGAGGGAAGAGGAGAUGGCCACAGGAGAAAUCACCACUCUACCCGCCACACCUGAAGAUGGAGGCAGUGGCGGCUUCCUUCCAGGAAACUUUAAGGAGCCCAAGAGGUUGUACUGUAAAAACGGAGGCUACUUCUUGAGGAUAAACUCUAACGGAAGCGUGGACGGGAUCAGAGAUAAGAAUGACCCCCACAAUAAGCUUCAACUCCAGGCGACCUCAGUGGGGGAAGUAGUAAUCAAAGGGGUCUCAGCCAACCGCUAUCUGGCCAUGAAUGCAGAUGGAAGACUGUUUGGAGCGAGACGGACAACAGAUGAAUGCUACUUCAUGGAGAGGCUGGAGAGUAACAACUACAACACCUACCGCUCUCGAAAGUACCCUGAAAUGUAUGUGGCACUGAAAAGGACUGGCCAGUACAAGUCAGGAUCCAAAACUGGACCCGGCCAAAAAGCCAUUCUCUUUCUCCCCAUGUCGGCCAGACGCUGAGCUCAUCUUGUCGUACCAAUCUUAAAAUCAGCCUGGCUGCACACAAACAGACAGGACAUGAAGAAAUACAAUGGAGCGUAUUAAAUGACUGUGACGACAUAAUCAUCCUGUAGUUAGGUACUUUAACGGCAAUUCAAUCAAACUAUAUAAUGUGAGUUUGACUAGAGCUGCUUCAAAUAUUCUAGUGUACUUUGAUACUCUGCUUAUUUUUCUUGGUUUAACAAUUUUGAAGGUACAUUAUUUAAGAUGAAAGAGAAAGUGAUAACACACAAGAUUCCACUGAGUAGCUCUGGGCUUAAAAAAUUUACUUUUUACUGCACUGCAGCACAGGUUAGCUUGGUCAUGCCCAGAACUCUACUUGAUACAACUUUUAAAUAGAACAUUGGGUUGGCAAAGAUAAAUCGAGCAUUGCAAAACAAACAGUAUACCUAGUACAAUACUACAGUAUAUGAUAUUGCACCUCUCAAUCUUAACAUAUGAAUGAUUCAUUUAAUUUUACAACUUAGAGGCCCUGAGUUCUUCCCAAACAGAGUAGCCUAUUUCUUCAAAUUGUGUAUAUUUUUUAUCUUUACAGACAAGAGGUCUUGUGAUUUGUGAAAAAUGUCCUUUACAGUGAUCAUCAUCGGUACCAUUGGCUACACCCUCUUUCCCGUGUAACAGUUCAGAAAAACCUGUUCCAGUCUGUCAUAAAUAUACACUUCAAGUAUUAUGGUGAAAGACCAUCCACAUGCUCAUAUGACUAGCAUUGACGUGUCGUGCUAUUAGCAUCGAUGCACUAGGCUAGGCAGGUCCUGGAGGCAGCACCCUGUGGUACAGCUGGUAGAACCUCCCUGAGUAGACAGCUGGCAUCUCCUCCAUAGCCAGGUCAAUCUUGUCGAAGCCCUGGUUCAGGCCGUGAAGCAGAAGCCUGGCUUGGCGGCUAGUGAUAGGAGUAGUGGAGCUAGUCUUGGUUAGCUCGGUUAGCUCCAGCCACUCACAGCGCAGGCACUCCUGGGUGCAGAAGUUGAUGUCGUAUGUGAGGGGGCUGAUGAUGUACAUGUCGGACAUACCAAAAGCACCUGGGAGGUUGUGCUGCUGCCGGAUGCUCAGGAGGGACUUGAACUCUGAGCGGACUUCCGUCUCCUCAAAGACCUCACGGACCGCAGUGAAGGCUUGGAAAAAGAAAUUAACAAAAGGAGAUUUUAUAUGUUUGUACUGUUUGUACUGGACACAAAUACAAAUUGUGUGAUACAGUGUGAGCGCCCUUAACAACAUUUUUACAUUGUAAUGCAUGAAAAUGAAAUUUGGUUCUAAAAAAGGGAAUUCGAUUGUACUUUAGUCACAUACAACGCUGCUUCAGUAGGUGGGGCUUUGUAUCAAAAGCUGCUUAAAAAAAACAAGUUGAACUUGUAACUAGUAAAACAUUUAUUUGAAGUCUGUUUAAGUCUUAAAAUUGUUUAGAUAUAUGCUUGAGUGUAGUUCUUAUGAAUGUCUGAUGAGGCCGUUUCAAAAAGUAGAUAUUCCUAUGAAUAGGCAUGUGUGUGUGCAUUUAGAUAUUGUCUAUGUAUGGUAUACGUAAUGUGGUUGCAUCACUGACCAAUGUUUUCUCCUGGACUCGAGAGCCCUCCAGGGAACUUCCAUGCAUUUACUGUCUGAAAUUAAGUCACAAUAAUAUACUUUGAAUUAGGAUGCAAAUUGAAUGGACUGCAUCCAAGUCUUUUAUUUGUGAAAGUGUCCUCCAGGGUCCUUCAGCAUUGAUAAGUAUGUUACAAUUGUAUGUGCAUAGGGACAAAUCCUAACUUAUAUGCACCUAAUUCACACUUGUCAAAUGUAUGCUUUAAUGUUAAAAGUGAUGCCUUGUACUCAGAUCUAAAGAUAGGAUUCUGCCUGAUGCGUUAUAUUCAUUUUGAUGUCAUUGUAUAUUGUUAUUCUUGAGAAAAUCUAAGCAACUAAGUUUGGUGUUUAGUUUCACCACUCUUAAACUAUAUUUAAAGACAGAUCGCUGCUGUUUAAAUGAUGAAGUACUUGUAUACAUUUAUUGUAGCUCUUGAUUAAUUCUAAUUCUAAUUUUUGUUUGCGAUUAUAAAACAAUAUUUUUCUAUAUUUGAUUUCCUUGAUCUUGUUCAAAGUUUUGAUGAACUGUAAAGCACUACACUUUCAUCAUUUGAUUACUCUUUGUAAACAUACAUACCUGCAAAGUGCUAUAUUUGUUGAAGCUACUUAUAUCUGCAACAAGGUAGGAAAAUUCAAGAAUAAACAUGUCUUAACAAUAUA